AAUUAGGUACGACUGUGACGCAGGAACUUGUAUGGUUGGUGGCAAACAACAUGAAUUUUGAAGAAGCGCUUCGAAGACCUCUAAGAGACAGAUUUCCCUUUAUAGAUUUAGGUGCAAUAAUAGAUGAUCAUAUGUGCGCAAUCAAGGAUUCAUGUAACUCCAGCGUGCAAAACGAGAGAUACAUUGAUCUCGUGCAAAAUCAGCUUCCACCACGUUUUAUCAAGAGCCAUAUACCCUUUGAUCUGUUGCCGACGGUCGUAAAGAGCAAUUGCAAGAUUAUUUAUGUCGCGAGAAAUCCAAGAGACGUGAUAAUCUCAUGGUACCACUUCCUAAAGGAAAAUACGAAAAUCUACCAGUAUCAGGGAACUUUCGAACAAUUCUGUGAUCAAUUCAUAAGUAAUCAUACAAUUUAUGAACCAUAUUGGGAGCACAUAAAAGAAGCUUGGACCAUGAGACACAGAGCAAACAUGUUAUUUCUCUUCUACGAGGAUUUGAUAAAGGAUUUACCUGAAACCAUCAAGAAGGUGUCCGCAUUCCUCGGCAAGACUUACAGCGAUGAACAAGUUGCCAAGUUGGAGGAGCAUUUAAAGAUAGAAAAUUUCCGCAAAAAUGAUAUGGUAAACCAGACGUCUGUCGAUUCUAAGAUGAAACCUGAAGCAUUUGUCCGACAAGGAAAGAUAGGCAGUUGGAAAGAAACGUUCACUACAGAAAUCGAAAAGAAAUUCAGCAAGUGGAUCGCUGAUAAUACGAAAGAUACGGAUCUGACGUUUCCUGAUCAUUAAACAUGUAAAUAAACAAGUAAAAUAUUAAAUUUAAAUUGCUUUAUCCAAACCACAACUGCAUUUUCUGAAAUUUUCAAUUUAAAUUGAAUAAAAGAAACUUUAACGACGAGUUGAAAAUGUGUUGAAUCUCUCUUUUAAGCCGAUUAACUUCUGUAAAGAAGAAAUCGUUAAACUGUGUUGGAAACAGGUCAUUAUUAAUAAUAGCGAAUAUGUAUUGGAU